AGUGUUGAAAUUUGUAGUUUUUCUGUAUAUCGCGAGACAAAGUGUGAAUUUCCCAGAAUUCUCCAGUUCCUCCGCUCAGUCAGGCGUCGCAGAUCCCAUCCAGGCUCUCCUCGCAAGAUGUUAUGAGGCGGGCUGUCCCUUCGCCGCGGCCCGACGAUGAAUCUUCAGUCGCUGAUUAAGGACUUCAAUCCAAGCAAGUUCAUCGUCCACAGCAGUCUGCUCCUGUUCACUGUCCUGUUCUGCCUGCGCAUCGAUGGCUUCAUUGAUUGGCCCUACUGGGCCAUCUUCAGUCCGCUGUGGAUCUGGAAGGCCAUCGCGACGCUGGGCGCCACCGUGGGCGCCGUGGUGUGGUGCCGCUAUCCGCACUACAGGAUCGAGGGCGACUCCUACGCGCACUUCAAGGCCAUGCUGAUCUCGCUGUCGCUGCACCUCAUGCUGCUGAUGUUCGAGCUGCUGUCCUGCGACCAGCUGAGCUCCGGCAACCACCUGUGGGUGCUCGUGUUCAUUCCCUUGAUCUUCGGCAGCGUGGCUAGCGUGGGGGCGUGCGUGUGGGCUGUGAAGCACGACAGGUCCUUCGAGUUGGAGCUCUUCUUGGCCGUUAACACGCUCCAAUUCGUGUUUCUGCCGCUGAAGCUGGACGACUUCGUCGGCUGGCGCUGGGAGAUCGUCUUCAUCCCCUUCUGGAUUGUGCUGUGCCUGAGUCUCAUUGGUGUGCUGUACAACAUCAUCUUCUGCGGCAUCCUGCUGCGGACGCCCGAAGUUUCUGCCGAGCAGAAGCGCUCCGCCGUUAAUUCGGCCAUCGGCAACACGCUGUGCGUGGUGUGCAUCCUCGCCUUCCAGGUCCUCAUCGCCGACAAGCUGGACGGCGACCUGAACUGGCCGCUGAUCGCCGUGGCUGGUCCACUCCUCAUGGCUCUCUUCAUCCUCAUCCUGCUCAGCUUUAGCGCCAAGGGCGGCAACAAGUGGUGGUUCGGCAUCCGCAAGAACUUCAGCCAGUUCAUCCUCAGCUCACUGCCGUGCCUGCAGGAGUACGGCAACAUCGCCUAUCACAUGGACAGCGGCCAGAAUGUUCCGCUCGACGCCACGAAUCACGUCCAAGUGGAUCAGCUGUACGGCAAGAAGGCGCAGAAGAUGCAGAGCAGCAAGAAUGACCACCACAAGCCCGUCGUGCCCAUCAUCAACAUCGAUCUCCCGGACUGAGGGAUCGACCACUUCCUCCCCCGACCACUCUUCACGCGCACGCUAGGAAUGUUUGUACAUAAAAAGGAUCGUUUCGCUGUUGAUUUAACAAAUUGUAGCAUUAGCCAGAGUAACAACAUAUUGUAUAUUAGUUGAUCGCCAAAAUAUUUUAUACAUGAUUGCAUAGAUUUAGAACAAAUUAAAUCAAUAUAUUUUACGCAUAAAAA